AAGCGUGUGUCAGAGUGGGUGUACGAAAGAGAGAGAGCGAGAGGGAAAGAAGGAGGGGGAAGACAGAGAAAGAGAGAGAGAGAGGGAGAGAGAGAGAGAGAGAGAGAGAGAAUGAGGGAGCUCCAGGCACUCUGAGUGGACUCCGGCUCCAGCAUUGCUGCUGCGGUCUUUCUGGCUUCCUCUGAGGAAUACAGUCCAGCUUUCUGCUUUGGCCACCUCUCCAUCCUUUCAUACCUGGACGCAGGGAUGCACAUAAAUGCACCAGAUGAAAGGAGGGGAAAAGAAUAGCAGGGCAGAGCCAGGGAAGAACUUGGCACUUGAUUCCGUGACUGGGACAUCUGGAUGUGCGUUUUUUUGCAGAGGCAGAAAGAAAGGCAAAGUGGAAGGAUAAAGAAGAGGCAGGAAUAAAAGGCUAGGGGUUAAGGGAAGGUUAAGACAGCCAAUAGGUUUAAAAGCAGAAAAAGGAAAGAAGGAAAGAAAGAAAGUGCGAGGCAAAAGUGGUUCAUCAUCACCAGCUGCAGAAAUAAAAAUAAGCACAGGAGACAGGUGGAGAGCAGCAAGGAAAGAAAGAGCAGGAGGAAAAGAAGACGAGAAGACGGUCCACAUGGCCAAGGGACAGCAGAGCCUGUAGACUAGAAUUUUUUGCCUGCUGCAUUCAAGUCUGCUUGGCUCGGAUGCUUCCAUUCAUCUGUCCACUCAUCUGUCCAUCUGUCCAUUCACGCUGCCUGUUAACUUUGGUUGGUAUGAGAAAAUCAUCACAAAGCUUUUGGUCUCAGUGCAUGUGUGAUUUUGUCCUGCCAAAAGCUGGGGUAUAGAUGCAUGGAUGCCUGCAUGUCUAUAUGAGAAAGGCUUAGCAGACAGCAUGCACUUUAACUAACUUGCAGGCUUUCUGGGUUUUCCUUUUGGGUAAUCUGCUUGCAUACCUGUCUCCCAGCUCCCAUUGCGAGGCUCCUUUCAGUCUGCAGCCAAAGUGACAACUGACUGACAAGAUUUACGACCGUUGGAGUGCUUGAGCUGGUGCCGAAUUGAAGCCUUAGUGCCAAUUUGGAGUACUAAGGAUUAGAAAGUGAAGGUGAGAAAUGGAUUAGAGAUCACCUGAGAUUUAAGAGGUGUGGUUGGACCUCAGCUGGACCUGCCUGGUGCUGAAGCUUGUGAUAUGAUUUUGAACUUACCUUCAAUGCGAGGAGCUUUGGCCUGCUGAAGUUCGUUGAAUCAUGUAAACUUUUUUGUCCAAAAGACAGACAUUAUCUUGGCCAACUGAGGACAAAGGGAUUGUUUUGCCAUAUAUUUUCUUUUUUGCGUUAACACUUCUUUCCUUUAAUGUAUGGAGCUUUGGUGUGUUUGGCUCUAGGACCAUUUUAAAACCUUCUGAAGUUCUUUAAAUUAUGUAAACUCAUUUUGUCAUAAAGACACAAGCAAUCAUGGCCCACUAAGGACAAAGGGAUUGUUUUUCAUCACGUCUUUCUUGUGCGUCCAAAUUUUUUCUCUUAAAUUGGUGCCAAAACUUUGCAGAAGUGGGGAUCAUUUGGCCCCUGGGGGCCCCGGUGCCCGCACCGGCCCCCAACCCCAAGAUGCGGCGCUCGAGUACAGAUGAGACUCCGUACCGGCGCAGUCCAUCUCUGGACAGCAAGAGCUGCGCCGCUGCAGGAUGGCUGAGGGCUGCAUGAGGGCCCUGCGCUACUCCAUGGUCUUCUUCAACCUGCUCUUCUGGCUGGGGGGAUGUGGAAUUCUUGGAGUGGGGGUCUGGCUGUCGGUCACCCAGGGCAACUUUGCCACUCUCUCGUCCUCCUUACCUUCUCUCUCUGCUGCCAAUCUCCUCAUUGCUGUGGGAACCAUCAUCAUGGUGAUCGGUUGUCUCGGCUGUGUUGGAGCAGUCAAGGAGAGCCGUCCCCUGCUUCUGAGUUUUUUCAUUCUGCUCCUCCUGAUUUUCCUGCUGGAGAUUCUGUUCAUCAUUCUCUUCUUUGCUUAUCAAGAUCAGAUUGACCAGUAUGCGCAAAGUGAUCUGAAAAAAGGCCUGCAGCUUUUUGGCACUGAGGGAAACAUAGGCCUGACCAAUGCCUGGAGCAUCGUCCAGACCGAUUUCCGCUGCUGUGGAGUGACUAAUCACACAGACUGGUUUGAGGUCUAUAAUGCCACUCGUGUGCCUGACUCCUGCUGUUUGGAAUAUAGUGAUAACUGUGGUCUGGAAAAUCCUGGCACAUGGUGGACAGCACCAUGCUAUGAGCGAGUGAAAGGCUGGCUACAGGAGAACCUGGUGGCUCUGUGGAUUUUUGCUCUGUGUGCAGCUCUAACUCAGAUUUUAGGGCUGGUGUUCUCCAUGACUAUGUUCUGUCAGACAGUGAAAGUGGACACGUUCUACGCCUAGAGAAGAUAAGGAAGAGGGGAAAAAAAAGAACCGAAUUAUACCAUCUUGAUAUCACAGACAGCGGAAGACUGGAGAUGUCCUUUCCCUCUCUGCUUGUGCUCUCUUCCUCUAUCACCCUUUUUUAAAUCUUUCGCUGUGGCGGUCAUCCCUCCAGCCUUGCUUCUUGCAACAUUUUUUUUUUUCCUGUGAUGCCUUUAGCAAACAUGAUGUUAGUCAAAUCAUCUUGAAAAAAAUUGAAAUGAUAGAGUAACAAGAGAACUGAUCUUUUUACAACUGUUAGAUAGCCUGGACUUUCUUAUUCAUGUGAAAAAACAAAAACAUCUACUGUUAUUCACUGAGACUUCUUUUGGACCUGCAAAUCCACUGAGCCAAAAACCUGAAGAGUCUGUCGUCGCUCGUCUCCGUAGGCCCGGGGAAGAUGCCUGAGAAGGGACACCGGUAAUCUGUUCUUUCAAAUGCAUAUUAUUUUUGUUUAAAACGUAGAUAUUUAUUACGCCAACUUAUACUGAUACAUAAUGACUUUAUAUCGCUUGCUGAACAUAGAGCAGGACUGUAAGGGAUGCACAGUGUUCAACAGUGACCCCUGUUGCCAGAGAGAACGCUUACAUUACUAUUGCAGACAAUGAGUGUACAAAAACAUAAUGUAUGUUUCCUACAUAUAAACAAGCACAGUGCAGGGACAGAAAGGGACAUCCUUUGUGACGUUAAUGGACACAAGUGUAAAAAGCACAAUACCACAAAUGAAUGCUGAACACAUUCCAGCACUGCGGGAGUGUUUUUGAAAAAGAGCAGAAAUACAGUCUCUGUAACGAUGGCUUCAAGUUACUGGACUCCAGGGUUUUAUGAUGAAGAGAGGAGGUGUGAAAUGAUCAAAUGUGAGAAUAAAACAAGCAUGGGGGUGAGACAGAGGGAUGAGUAAAACCAGGCUAUAGAAAGACCUGCUGCAGAGUGGGAGAAAGAUAGAAAAGAGGACAAUGAGAAUCUCCCUUUAUGUUUGUCCUUUUUGUUACUAAUUUAACAAAUGUGUGUAUAUAUAUCUGUACAUGUUCCAGACACCAGACUUAAACAUAAAACAUAAAUAAAGCUUUUACAGGUAA